CCUCUGUUAACGCAGAUCGCGAGCAGUGGACGACCUUUACACUAAGAUUUGCUAUCAAAACAAUGGCUCUUAAUUCAGCUUCCUCUGGUGAAAAUGGCGAAAUAGUGGUAGUUACAGGUGCAGCUGGAUUUUUGGGAAUUAAGAUAGUUGAGCUGUUGAAUACGCGUGGUAUGAACAUCCAAGAGAUCCGAGGUGUUGACAUCCGUCCGAGUCAGCCAUCGUACUUCCUUCAAAAUGCUCAGGGCGGAAGAUUGAGGUACAGGCGAGGAGACAUUUGCAAUUAUGAACAGGUAGGCUAAUCUGAGAAAAAAAAAAAAGAAUAAUGAGAUAAUGCGCUCCUCCAGGACUGAGUUAUGAUCGAUCAAAAACAUGGCUUGUGGGUACGUCGGAACAAGCAAGCGCUCAAUUUGAUUACAUGUCCCGGAAGGAGGCUUGUCUGCUUCGAAGAUCUUGAAAUUAACCAAUAACAAACAUUUUUUCGUUAGUUCAGGUAAUUGGGUGUUAUUGUGAGACAAAAAACCGCAGAAAAUAUCUAAAUACUUUUCACUGCCUGUUUGCAAUGUGUUGAAAUUGGAAGGUUCAGAAUUUAUACACUGAAUUACUCAUAGGUGUUAAGGAAACGGACAGGGGUUGAUGUCCAGCUUCGAAAAUGACAUUUGUUGUUGUAUGAUAUCUGUAUACUCAACUCUAGUUGUUAUUUAUUCCACAAAUGUCUGAAAAUUUAUGGGUUACCGUUUGUAGUUAACUAAAUAUUUCAGUUACACUUCAUGAGAUCAUAACUUUCUCUGAAAGAGUUGGUGUUUGAGACCCAUGUUAAAGUUUCCAUGACCUUUCUCAGAAUGUGCAAGAGAUACUUUCUGGAACUCAGUUAGGUCAUACAAUUAGUAAGUCAGACAGUCAUUCAUUCAUUCAUUCAUUCAUUAUUCAGUCAUUGGGUUGGUCAGUCAAUUAGUCAGUUACUCAGUUGGUCAGUGACCUCAGCCACUCAGUCAGUCAGUCAGUGGGUUCAUCUGUCAAUAAUGUCAUUCAGUCAGUGACUGAUCAGUCAAUCAGUCAGUUAGUCUGUCAGUCAAUCAGUUAGUCAGUCUUUCAGUUAGUCAGUCAGUCAGUCAAUCAAUCAAUAAGCCAGUCAAACAGUCAGUCAGUCAGUGUGUUGGUCAGUGUGUCAGUUAGUCUUUCAGCCAGUCAAUCAGUCAGUCAAUCAGUUAGUUCUUCAGGCAGUUAAUCAGUGUGUUUGUCAGUCUGUCAGUCAAUCAGUGAAUCAGUCAGUCAGUCUUUCUGUCAGUCAAUCCUUUAGUAAAUCAGUCAGUUGGUCAGUCAGUCUAAUACCAAUUGUAAGAUCACAUGAUUUGGACAAAUUGAUCAGAAUGAAAGGAUUGUGUAAUCAUUAUGGGAAAAGAAUACACUAUGUGCCUUUUAAAUUUCUUUCCUCUCUUUGAAGGUCAAGGAUGUUUUCACACAAGCAACUGUUGUUAUCCAUACAGCUGCAAUAGUAGACAUCAGUCACCCAUCAGAGAUGAAAAUGCACAAUGUUAAUGUGAGAGGAACAGAAAACAUAAUCCAGGCCUGUUUGGAAUGCAAUGUGGGUAGGAUAGUGUACACAAGCACUGCAGACGUUGCUCUGGGAUGGUUGGAUAACAACAAUAUAAAUGAAGAAACACCCCUUCCUGGUGAAAAAGUCUCAGAUUAUCUUUUCAGUCAGUAUGCAUUUACCAAGAUGAAGGCUGAGAAGAAAGUCUUACGGGCUAAUGGCAGUCUGACAGCAAAUGGUACCCAUCUGGUUACGUGCUCAUUAAGGUCACUUGUGAUGUAUGGGGAAGGAGACACAGCAUUCCUUCCAAAUGUAAUUGAUUCUGCCAAAAAGCAGUUUGGUUAUUUGCCCAGGAUGGGUGAUGGUAAAGCUAAAUUUAACUCAUGCUAUGUGGGUAAUUCUGCCUGGGCUCAUGUCCUUGCAGUUGAUGUUUUGAGGAAAAACCCAAAGGAAAUUGCUGGAAAAGCUUUUUUUAUUGGUGACAACACUCCAGAAAGUAACUUUUUUGACUUUGUGGAACCUUACUUAGCAGCUACUGGAUGUGAUUUGCUUAAUGUGUCGAUUCCAUUUGUUGUUAUUUUUUAUAUUGCUUUCAUUUUGGAGUGUAUUGUAUGGGUAUUACGUCCAAUUUGUAACCUCUCUUUAGCCAUUACCAGGUCCUCUGUGGUCACUGUGUGUAAGGGUGUGACAGUAAGUUGGAGAGUUGCCAAAAAACAACUCAGUUAUGAACCAAUUUUUUCAUAUGAACAAUCUAAGAAUAACACCUUAAGAUAUCUCAUAGAAAAGUAUGUUACUUAAAGUUUGCUAAACAUUAAUUUUUUUAAAGCAUUUUUCCUGUAGAAGAGAAGCAAAUUUUUACAAAUUUAUUCUUAUUGUUGAGCAACAUAUAACCUAAUGUCAUCAUAUGAUCUUUCCACCCCCCUGUAGUUUGCUUUUGUUUAAAAACACUUUGAAAGAAAUGCCCAGUAUGAGUGCCUAUGCAUGGGUAGGAGCAGGACAGGAAAGAGCUUCAUGACCUAGCAUAUGGCCUCACAAGAUGUAGAGGCUACUCAGAAAAUUACAUGAAGUAAAAAAAUUUGGUGUUUUUUGUUAUGAGAUAUUGUUUCAGAUAAAUGGAGUUCCCUUUGAUAAAUUUUGCCUACUGUCAGCAUGAUAGGCCCCUUUAGAACCAGUACCAAAUGGUUCUUUUGGAAAUGGCUCCACACUUAAGAGAGCAAGUCUCUAAAAUAUUUUUAAAACUCAUGUGGUUUAUACAGACUAUAGGUACACUUGUUGAUUCAGGGCAAGUGACCAAGGGAGGUACCUAUUUAAAGAGCAUUGACAAAUGAAUAUUGCUAAAAUAAAUCAGCAACAAGUGAGAAACUAAAAAUUUUCAAAGACAGCCAAAUACACCUUAACCGAGAUUUACCCAUAGGAAGGGAAAACCUUCCUUAUACAGGAAAGCUGUCUUUCAUUUAAUUUUUCAUCAAAAGAACUUUUCAAAAACUCACUCCAGUUUUGCAUUUUAUUUCUUACCAAGACAAUUUUUCUGCUUCUUUCUUCUUUCUUUUUCUUUCUUUCUUUUCUUUUUCUCUUCUUCUUCUUCUCUUCUUUCUUUUCUUUUCUUUCUCCAAUUUUUCUGCUUCUCUCCCUUCCACAACCAAUGUUUUCUUCUACAUUUGCUUUUCUAGGAAUGCAAACAGAGCUUCCUGCCACCCUUUUUCAGUCUGUUUUUUUUCAUGAAGUCUCAUGCAUAUAUUAGACAUAGGCAUGCUAUGCAUGCAAGAGUUUUUUUUUUUGUUGAAUGGGUAAGUUGAGGUGG